AUGGCUUUAUUAAAUACCUAUCAGCAGACCAUCGGCGACAAGCUGACUGAAUACCGACCUCUCAGGACACAGAGAUAUGCCACUGUAAAUGUGCUAAUAAUUACAUGGAAGGAUCAUGACCUUGGAAUCGACUUUGACAGGGAAGUUACAGAAGUCAAGGACAUGUUUAGCCAGACUUUCAACUACGCCAUAUGGCCUUUCAAAAUACCAUCUCAAGACCCCGAACUUUCGCUCAAUGUAUGUGUCGCUCAGUUCAUCAAGAACUUUGGAGGGUCAGACGAUCUCCUCAUCGUCUUCUACAGUGGGCAUGGCGGAGGAGAGAGCAAUACACAGGCGAGAAGUCCUUGUAUUUGGGCAGCCAAGAUAUCCGGCGGUCCAACGCUCGAUUGGUCCAACAUUCAGCCCCAACUUUUUCUCUCCCUGGGCGACGUGGCCAUUAUUCUCGACUGUUGCUAUGCUGGGCAAGCUGCGCGACCUCACACCUCUCAUAAAAUCGAGUUCUUGGCUGCCACGGACAAGGAUAACUGGACGCCGACGGGAAUGAAGAAAUGGCCGUCAUUCACCAAGGUUCUCAUGCGAGAGAUGAAUCUUGCAAUGUCUAACGAAGGGCUUGUAACACUUGCCGCCCUCCAGAGUCGUAUGGUAAUAGCCGAAGCUGGUUUGAAGCGACAACCGUUCCUGGUCUCUCUAAGUGGAGAUGCUUCAGAGGGCCCAAUCAAGUUGACAAGACUGACUAAUGGUGACAAGGCCUCAGAGCUUGUCCCUCAAACCGUCUCGCAAUCCAUCAACUCCGUGUAUCUUCGGUUAUGUCUCUUCGAUCCUCUCGAUGGGUCAAUGCUGCCGAGUCUACUUCGGUGGCUUACCCGAGACUCACCAGCAUCCGUCGAAGAUAUACAGCUUAUUGACCGUGUUACCUCGCAGGCACGAGACAUAAGCAAGAUGGGAACAUAUGUCUGUGAAGCGGCGUAUGAACAGGAGAGAACCGAAGCCUUACCAUUCCUCUCCCAAGAUGGGCGGACUGAAGCUCAGAAACUACUCGCUGAGCUCAAGCUUGCUGUUUUUGCCUCAGGAGACGCAUUUUCGGUAAGGCCCGGGACAUCUCAUGCUGCCCUGGAAGGACUUAGGGCAGCUUCUUCCAAGCUGGUAGACUUUCUGGGAGACUCACUUGCGACGAUGGACACAUGCACGCUAAGUAAUUUGGGUGACACCGGCUCUACUGCUCUUGAAGACAUCCGGAGCAAAAUUGCCAUGCGCCUUACUCUGCUUGACGACGAAAAAGUGCUGGGUAAUCCUACUCGCGUGAGCUUUAGCGACACAGCAAGCUUAAACCAGCGGAUAAGACAUGGAACACAGGCCGGCCGUGACGUGUUGGUCGAGUAUAUCUACUACCUCGAUGAAGACCCCGAUGCCUGUGGGCGUAUGUCACAUCAAAUCAAGCGCAUCAUAGCGCUUCUCGCCGAAUCUAAGAGCCCAGCAUUCCGCUGCUUCGAGAUCUCCGGCUUCACUCACGAAACGCUCUUUGGACCUCGCUUUGGACUUGUUCAUCUUAUCGCUGAGAGGUUCAAGGACCGAAGGUGGAUACCUCUUGCAGAGUUAAUUGGACAAGUCAAGUACGUUCCUUUAGAUCGCCGGAUGCGGCUGGCUGAAAUCAUCUGCGAAGCUAUCCUACAUCUACACUCAAUUGGCUGGUAUCACAAGAACAUCAAGAGUGAGAAUAUCAUUCUAUUUGAUCUACCAGAGGGCGAUGGAAGUAAUUCUUCAGCUAGCAAGUGGGACUUUGAGAACCCGUUUCUGGUUGGAUUCGACUGCUCUCGUCCGGCAGAUGCAGAAACAAGAAAUACAGUAGAUUUCGCGACGGAAAACAAUAUCUACAGGCACCCAGAGCGAUGGGGGAGAUCGGCACGAUUCGAAAAACAUCAUGACAUAUAUGCACUGGGCAUCCUCCUACUAGAAAUAGGUUCUUGGCUCAAAAUCCCUACAUUGGAUACGAAGAAGAACAACUUUACGCAUAUCAGUAACCCCGAAAUGCUUCGCAGCUUAUUUCUCAAGGUUGCAUCCUCUAAAGUUGCGCAUGCAGCAGGUACGCGAGAAUAG